CACUACGGCCCGGCCUGCCUCAGCCCCUGCGGAAAGCUCCCGGUGCUGCACAUCUUCGGGCAGCAGUCCCUGGACAUCGAGCGUUGUGCAGAAGCCUUCCGUGAGCUCUACCCCGACCGGCAGAGCUGGGUGGUGGUGCUGAGCGAUGUGGUCUAUGCCCAUGCCAUGAGUGAACUGGAGCAGCAGUUGUGCCCUGAGUACCCUAAUAUUGUUUUCUCCAGGGUGGUGUGUGGGGACCCUCCUGGCCCCGCACCGCCUGGGGAGGUGCAGCAGUUUGGUCGCCAGUUCCGCGUGGAGGCAGCGGGAGGGCUGGAGGACUGUGCCAUGUUCUACGUGGGAGCCGAGGGUCUGUCCCUCACCAGCUUCAUGCUGACCUGGAACCGCUGCCCCUUCAGCUCCUUUGACCCCACCACCGGCUGCGGCCGUCGCGAGACCCUCAAUGUCAACCGGGCCCUGAUGCGACGCCUCUACCUGGUGGAGCGGGCCCGGGACGCUCAGGUGGUGGGCAUCUUGGUGGGCACCCUCGGUGUGGUGGGCUACCUGGUCGUGCUGCAGCACCUCCGGGAGCUUCUGCGCCGGGCUGGCAAGCGCAGCUACACACUGGCUGUGGGGAAGCCAAACCCUGCCAAGCUAGCCAACUUCCUGGAGGUGGACAUCUUUGUCCUGGUGGCCUGUGCUCAGAACUCCCUACUGGACUCCAGUGACUUCUACCGGCCUAUCGUGACUCCCUAUGAGCUGGAGCUGGCCUGUAACCCAGCCCGGGAGUGGACAGGGAACUACCUCACUGACUUCCGAGACCUGCUGCCAGGUGCCUGUGCGCACAUUGAGCUCCCACUAGCUAUCCCUGCAGCGGAGGCUGUUCCUGACAUCUCGCUGAUCACAGGGGAGAUGCGUGCCACACACCUCUGCGACACCCCAACUGCCCCUCAACUGCCCCCCAGCACCGCCCUGGCCUGCAGGGACCAGACACGGGCUCUCGCAGAGAUCAGCCCUGCUGCCUCCUUCCUGGAGUCCCGCAGCUGGCGGGGCCUGGAGCAGCGUUUGGGGCAGACACCCGUCUCCAAGGCUGUGCAGGGCCGACGAGGGAUUGCCAUUGCCUACGAGGACGAGGGGCGUGAGCAACCCUGA